AUGAUUUGUAUUCCGAUUCGUUAUCCUGGUAGUGACAAGGAAAAAUGGGUAUUCGUAGAAUUGCAAGGAACGUUGCAUGAUAUUGAUGGAGGACCUCUGAACUCUCGGAAUUUGGGAACAAUCGAAUGGAUCAACGGAAAGCCUGCACUAACGAUUGGAAAUCAUCUGUGUGAAGGAACUGUAGUAAAGCUGAAUAAGCCUAUUGCCAUUUUAAUGAAGUCAGGAGCAGGUGAUUCUAUAGAAACGAUUCAGAGAGAAUACAUCGUUGAGGCAGUAAUCACCGAAAAACUGUUGUUUAGUAGCCGUCCUCGUCCUUUACUUCAAUAA